GCAUGGCCGACGAGAUGGAUGGCGAUGGAUUGGACCGCGAUUCCCUGGUUACACCACCCUCCACGGACAACAGGCCGUCUGUGCAGCAAGACGAGAGAGUCAACUAUCAUCCGUACAGACCGUCUCCCUCGCAGCCCCACCGGUGCACUAGACUCCCAUGUUUAUUCCUGGUCUCAGUAGCUGCAGCCGUGAUCGGCUCCAGCACUCAGUUUGGCUACUCCACCGGAGUCCUCAACAGCCCACAACAAGUCAUAAGGCAAUCGUUCGAAGACAGAAACAUCACUUUUUCUUCGCUGGAGAUGAACGUGGCUGUCUCGAUAUUUGCAAUUGGUGGUCUCCUGGGGGCUGUCUCUGCGGGGAUUUUAGCUGAUUUCCUCGGAAGAAAGUACACUCUGCUAGUAAACAACCUGCUAGUAUUGAUUGGGGCUGGUCUCCAGUCCCUGGCAGUUCACCCCGGCAUGUUCAUUGCUGGACGAUUCGUGGUGGGAAUCAACUCAGGGAUCAAUACUGUCCUGGUUCCGCUCUACAUAUCAGAGAUAUCUCCAGUGAGAUUGCGGGGAGCUGUGGGUGUGCUUCACCAGAUGGCCAUCACCGUCAGUCUACUUCUGGCACAGAUACUGGGCAUUAGCAAGGCUCUCGGGAGGUCAGACUCUGACGUAUUCUACGGCUGGAGACUGCUCUUCGCAGUUCCUCUCCUCUUCUCUCUCGUCCAGCUGGCACUCCUGCCCUGGUCCCCUCGCAGCCCCAGGUUCCUUCUCAUUAAGAGAAAGAAUGAAGCUGCAGCCAAGAGAGCUCUCAAGAGGUUAAGAGGGGCGGGUGCUAACACAGAUGAAGAAAUACAAGAAAUGCAGGUAAUUCCAAUUACGUCACACGGGCUCACAUGAUCUCACAUGAUGUCAUGUGACCUCACCCGCAGGCUGAGUUGCAUAGUCAGCAACAGAGAUAAAGUUUGGGGAUUUGCUGACUGUCAACUACAUGAGGAGAGCUCUGUUUGUUAGCAUAGGUCUCCAUCUUGCCCAGCAGCUGAGUGGAAUCAAUGGGAUACUCUACUACAGUACGUCUGUGUUCAGACUGGCUGGAGUGAACGAUGCGGACAUUGCUACAGUAGCUAUCGGGCUGGUGCUGGUCAUUGUAACAUUCAUCACUGUGUUUGUCAUUGAGUUGGCCGGACGGAGGACACUGAUGUUAUACGGGUUGGGAGGAAUGGCAGUUUCGUUUCUUCUUCUCACCGCCAUGUUCUGCUUACAGGAUGGAUUCUACCACAACUCUUCCUCGCAUUAUGUAAGUCAGCGCAAAACACAAACAGUUUCCUGUUAUCAUUGAUGACAUGUGUGAUCUUUCUCACUCACUGAAUGUACUAUAGGUGACGGCUCCUGGAGUGUUAUUAGUUAUCUUCAGUCUCACUACUGUGGCUCUCUUUGCCAUGGGACCAGGUGUAUAAGCUAGUACCAGUCCUCCCUACAAUUGUAGACAAAUCACGUAGAACUGCAACAUGCUGCAAAAUGGUGGUGUUUGCGUAAGCCAACAAAUGUUCAACUUAAUGUUAAUAAUACUACAUCAGCUAACUAAUUUUCGACUUUACAAAGCAAUAGGCCCUAGUGCAAGAAAAUGCAGUAAGUUUCUGUUAACUGAUAAAAUUCUCACAAUACUGACAAAUUUUCCAACGGCCUUGUGUAUAAUUCCUCCUGUGUGUGUGUGUGUGUGUGUGCAUAGGGAGCAUCCCGUGGCUGAUGGUUUCCGAGCUCUUCCUCCAGGAGGCGCGGCCCAUCGCUGUCGGCAUAGCAACCAUUGUCAACUGGUUCGCAAACUUCACAGUCGGCCUCACCUUCCCCUACAUUUUGAAAUACCUCUAUCCGUAUGGGACCAGUGUGUUUGUGGUGACGUGUGGUGCACUGUGGGUCUAUCUGUAUCGAUAUCUUCCUGAAACUAAAGGACUGAGUGUGGAGCAGGUCACCGCAAGGCUGAGGAGGAGCGUCGGGACUUAGUAUUCUUUCUCCGUUUACGUGUGUGUGGAUAUCUCCGUUUUAUGUCCGU